AUGGAGGAAGUUCAAGAGGAAGUCAAGAAAGUGAAGGUGUUCCGAUUGUUGGAUCUUCCGUUUGUAAUAUUUCGAAAAGUUCUGCAUGAGUUCGAGUUUUUUACAGUACUCAAUCUGACGUAUGUCUCAAAGAAAACAAAGCAACAAGUCAGAUUGUGUGCAUUGAACGCCAAAGACGUUGAGCUGUACCUAACCAAGGACUAUGAGAGAGUGUUCAAUGUGGUUUAUAAAGGAAUCAAGUGCUCAUGGGGAAACAUUGAAACGAAGAAUGCUGAAGCAGAAGGAGCAGUCACCCGCCCACUCGACGAUAAAAUCUUCAAACCAGUCUGCUCUCAAAUUCUCUUCAUUCUCCACAAAAAAUCCGUAGACACUUUCCGAUUCGAUCGUUCUAUCACCGAAGAUGACGUCACUGAGUACUAUGGAAUGGUCGAAGAAGUGAAAGACAUUUACAUUGGAUCAGAGUUCGUCACAACUGAUGAACUGACGUUGAUUUUUAAAAAAUUUAAAAAAUUGGAAAAUUUCUAUGUUGAGCCAGAGGUUCCAAGAGAUUUCAAGGGAUUGGAGCAUCGGAAAUUGGAAGUUUUGUAUUUGGAAUCAACGAGAUCGAUGAUGUUACCUUCGUUGGGAAAGUUCGAAUCCAAUAUUCUUCUGAUGGAAAACUCAAGAAUGGAGCUGUGGGAACUCAAUGUAUUCAUCAAAAACUGGAUUAAAUCUACUCCUCGAGUCAACGAACCAAGUGUUAUAAGAAUCUUCGGAAUGCAAAUUGAUGCUUCAAUUCUUCGAGAAAUCCAAAUAUACCCAUGGAAUCCGAAACAUCGGAGCAGUAGUUACGUGGUUUGGUUGAAUAAUGGAAUCAUGUCGAUAGACUGCUCAGAAGGACAUGAUAUCUAUAGAAAAUCGGAUGGAAUGAUGGCUACAGUACUCCUUAUUAAUAAUACUUUCAACUUUUUCAUCUGGACUCAAAGAUUCCAUAAAAUUCCUCAUGGUUCUAUCAUGUGCUAA